AUGGCAGCGAAACCACCACCGUCCAAAAAGCCAACAACAGAAUCAGAAUCUAAGGCUCAGAAGCGCUCGCUUGACCUCUUAGCGGAGGACUGCAAACGUAUUUGCACCACCGCUCUAAACAAACCCUUUACUACCCUGCAAGACGCUGUCGACCACCUACUGCCAUUCCAUGUGCUAAGCAGCCUUACGGGUGAUGAGGUGGAUGCCGAAGAAGCUGAAGCAGCGCAGGACAGUGCGCGGCUACUGUGCAGCCGCCGGGACCUAGCAGCCGAGCUCACGACGCGGCGCGCAGUAGAGCUGCACUCCCGCGUCGAGGACUUACGCCAGCGCCUCGGCAAGCUGGAAGACCGCUACCGGACGCGCCACCAGCGGCCGCUGCCUGAAGAGGAGCUCUUCAUCGCGCAGGUGCUCAAGGAGGUUGCGGAGCGCACGUUGGAAACUGAGCGCGCAAAGCCAACCGUGCUAAGCUCUGAGUCUGAGUCAGAUUCGGAUGAGGUGUUGGGUGCUGUCAGCACUACCGGUGUCCCAGUCGGACCCACUGUAAAAUCUAAUAUCAAGGGCAAGGAUUGCGGCUGA